AUGACUGUCAGUUGGACUGUGGACAAGAAUGUCAAGCUCUUCCUUGGUGUUUUGGAACAGCUCAAGGCCCAUAAGGUCAAGGUGGACAACGCUAAACUGGCAGAAUACAUGGGGCCUGGAUGUACUGCCCGUGCGGUGGAGACCCAGAUAGCCAAACUGAAGAAGCAGGCUGAAGAUUCCUCAAACGGUCACAGUCCCAGCGGUCCUUCGACUCCUGUGUCAACCCCCAGAAAAAGGACGGCAGAUCGCGGUUCAAAGACAAACACUCCUAUCAAGAAGGCGAAAGCGUCCCUUCCCCUCGACCCUGGCGGGAGCAGUGAGGCUGAUGAAGAGGAACUCUUUGCGGGGAAUAUGAAGAUGAAAGUGAAGAAAGAGGACUAUAAGCAGGAAGAUGACCAGAUUAAGGAAGAACAAGAAGAGAUGUUCCUGGACUGGGCGGAUUCAGCGUGA